GUUGUUACGAUGGCAGAAACUGCUCCAGCACCCGCUGCGACUCCAGUAAAGGCCCCCAAGAAGAGGGCGCCCCGACCCAAGAAAACUGGCCCAAGUGUGGGAGAACUCGUCGUCAAGGCAAUCUCUGCUUCCAAGGAGAGGAAGGGAGUUUCUCUGGCUGCGCUGAAGAAGGCGCUGGCGGCUGGUGGAUACGAUGUGGAGAAGAACAACGCUCGUGUCAAGGCGGCCAUCAAGAGCUUGGUAACAAAGGGAACUCUAGUCCAGACUAAGGGGACCGGCGCCUCCGGCUCUUUCAAGCUGAACAAGACUGUGGAAAAGAAGCCCGCUAAGAAGGUAGCUCCUAAAGCCAAGAAGCCAGCAGCGAAGAAACCUGCCGCGGCCAAGAAGCCCAAGAAGGCAGUAGCCAAGAAACCGGCGGUCGCGAAAAAGUCUCCAAAGAAGGCUGCUAAGAAACCCGCUACACCGAAAAAGGCAACAAAGAGCCCGAAGAAGGCGAAGAAGCCCGCUGCACCCAAGAAGGCAGCAAAGAGUCCGAAGAAAGUAAAGGCAGCGAAACCCAAGGCGGCUAAACCUAAAGCUGCCAAGCCCAAAAAGGCUGCGCCCAAGAAGAAGUAAAUGUUGUUCACAUUCUUCCUGUCGACUGCCACAAAGGCUCUUUUAAGAGCCACCCUAAACUUCUUGAAAUAUUUGUAUUCCUCUGUCUGCUUUUAUCGUGAUUAUGUAUACAUUCACGCUCUCCCUUAA